CUCCCAUCUAACCCUGCUGUUACCUCCUUGAGAUCCACCGGUGAUCCUGCUGAGUGCAGGAAUGCCAUCAGUGGUUUGGGAAACCUCUCCCCUCGUGCCGUGCUGAUGCUCCCACAGGCGUCCCUGAGGACGCUCCCACAGGGCUGCGGAGCCCUUUUCCCGCCACUGCGCCGGCGCCAUUUUGUGUCCUUCACGUACCUGAGGGGUCCGCGAGGGGCACUGAAGGUCCGUGAGGGGCUUGAGGAGGUAUAUGAAGAAAUUCUCUACAGAAAAGUGCUGGUUCCUCUGACCCAACUCAGCUGGUGUGAGGUGUGGCCACUGAACAAUAUUUAACUUCUUCGGAGUUUUCUCCAGUUUCAGAUAAAGAAUGGCUUAUUCUAGUUCAGCACGGGACUUUGUUGCACUUUCAGAUCUGCAUCCAAACCUUGCUCGUCCUAAUGUAAUCGGUGUGGUUAUUGGGAAAACAGAUGUCAGAAGCUUUCCAGACCGAAAAAACAUUGGGUCAGAAAGAUACACCUUCAAUUUUACCAUCCGUGAUUCACCAACUUAUUUCAUAAACGUGCAGUCCUGGGGCAGAGAGGAGUAUAUCAGAUCCCUCUCAGAAAGCUUCAGGGUUGGGGACUGUGUUACAAUCGAAAACCCUUUAAUUCAGUCAAAGGAAGCAGAAAGGGAAGAAAAAUUCAACCCUGUAACUCCUAGUUGCUACAAAUUACUGCUCAGUGAAAAUCACUCAGUGGUCAAAACCUCUUUGUGUUACGAAACGGACACCAGGCUCCUUCCUCUGCUGCACCUGCCUGUCAAGGACCCUCAGGACUAUUAUUCCCUGGGGGAUAUCGUUGCAAAUGGACAAAGCCUCAAUGGAAGGAUCCUCAACGUGCUCGCAGCUGUGAUGUCAGUUGGGGAGCCAAAGUACUUUAUGACUGCAGACAAAAGGAAAGGCCAGAGGUGUGAAGUGAAGCUGUUCGAUGAAACAGAGAGGUCUUUUCCAAUAGUAUGUUGGGAUAACGAAUCCAUCCAGCUGGCACAGAGUUGGAUCCCUCAAGAAACAGUUAUAUUUGCAUCAGAUGUGAGAAUAAAUUUUGACAAGUUCAGGAACUGUAUGACUGCAACUGUGAUAUCCAAAACCAUCAUUACAACUAACCCAGAGACAGCAGAAGCAAAUGUUCUCUUCAGCUUCAUCAAGGACAGUGCCCAGUCAGGAGCUCUGCAUGACAGAAUGAAGGAGCAGGCAAAUGAACCCAUUAACUUGGAGACUAUAGUUGAUGUUUAUACAGUGGAACAGCUGAAGGAAAAAGCUCUCCAGGGUGAUGGGAAACCCGACCCUGUCUAUGGCAUUAUUUAUGGCUACAUUUCCACCCUGGACAUUGAUGAUAAUGUAUCCAAAGUUAUGCGCAACAGAUGCUCGAUCUGCCGGUUCGUGGUGAACGAAAUGUCAAACACUUGCACUUUCUGCAGCGACGUCUCUCCAGAGUCAAAGUCAACCUUUGCAAGCUUUGACAUCCUCGUGGAUGUGACAGAUCACACAGGAACUCUGCAUUCCUGUUACCUGUCUGACUGUGUGGCUGAGGAGACGUUGGGCUGCACAGUCCAUGAAUUCCUCAUGCUGGAAGAUGACCAGAAGACUGCACUGAAAUGGCAACUUCUUUUGGAACGAAGCAAGAUUUAUUUCAAAGUUACUUUGUCACCCAACUGGAGAACCGGAAUGAAAGUGAAUCUUCUUUCCUGCAAACUGGCAGAUCCUGUAGAGGCGAGUCAGAGCUUGCUGGGAAGAGACUGGAAAUAAGAGAUUAUGCUAUUAACAAUGUCAAGGAAAAAGUCUUCCUUCCCUGUGUUAUUAGAGGUGGAAUUCUUUGGUUGUCAGGUUUUGCCAAGUCUGUUCUGACAGUAAGGAAGGAAUGUGCAUUACUAAUACCUGUAAAUGGGCUUCUGGGUUGAUCUUCUUCAGGUGAUUGUACUUCAGAAAGUAACUUGGGCCUCAGCUUAGAAGUCAGUUCUCCCAAAGUCAACCCCUUCCAAGGGGGGUGAAAAGUUUCUUCACUCAAUUCAGAUCUCUGAAAACAUCAGAAAUUACAAAUAGGUCAGGACAGAUCUGCUGACUUCUGUGUUUUAAUUGCCUUGCUACUUUUGUGUUAGUUUAAAUAAAUAAAGACCCACUUUGAA